AUGGGUUAUUCAGAAGUCGCUUGCCGCCUCUGCGGCGUCACAUUCAACAUUGGACGCCGGCGUCUGCGCUCUGAGCCGGCAUGGAUGGGCUGGCAGUGUACGGGCGACGCUAAGCUAGUGGGCUGCCAGCUUGGGACUGGAAGAAAGCUAGACGAGUGUGUGGAUGAGGACCCUCCCGGCGAGGAAGAGGAGGAACAACUUGGUGGUGAAGCGCCUGAGAACGACAAUGAGCGUGAAGAUGUGGAUAGAAUCGAAGGACAUGCACUCAACGCAGAUGUCGAGAAGAUGCUUGAUGGGGAAGACGACGACGACUAUCAUUAUGAAGAGCCGGACGGAGAAGAGCCACUUGAGUUCGACUCCGACGAUGAAAUGGCAGUUGGGGACGAGGACGAUCACAUGGAUGUCGACUCUGAUCCGGAAGACGAUACAUAUACCCUUUUCGACGCUGCGGAUCUGUCAUUGUACACGACUGAACCUGAAAAGGCUGGUCUGCCACCAACGCACAAGUGCUUCCGAGGAGCAGGCUAUAACGGCAAAUUCAUCACAGCCGAAGAAAUGAGGGGCUGUAACACAGCUCAGUGUCUUCUUAGUAAAGCUCACUUAGGCGCCGAAGAAGCAGUGCCGGACGAUCAAGACUUCGAAAGAGGAGGCCAGUUCUGUUUGUCCGGUCUCUGUGGACACGUACGCUCAAGGGACUGCGGCGGCGAAGAAUUUGUACCUUCCCGCCAUGGAAUACGCGACGCAAAUGUAGACAGCUGGGACCUUAGCGACAGAGACACCGCCGUUCCUUUCCACACCGCCUGCUUCGACAUCUUCUCCCGCUUGUCUCGAAAGCGAUUUGGGUACGUUAAUCUCGAAGCCCUCGGGAACUGGAUGUUUGAAUCCAAUGAGGAUGUCGACCUAGUUUCAAGCGACCCUAAUGUCCGACAAAGCUCCGAACAGUGGUGGGCACAUCGAGACGGCUGCGAAUAUCUCGCUGCAAACCCUCUAUUAAUCCCGCGCCUCACGCCCAUCUUGCAAGCUGCAAUCGAGGGGGAUAACAACUUUGACCCGCGAAAUGGGGCAUUUGACAUACCGGUUCAAGAAUGGAGUGGAGACGUGUUCAGCAGCCUUCCGCUAGAACUACGCCUGCAGACAGUAUCCUACCUCGCUUCGUCAGACAUUGCACAAUUACGUCUCGCUUCGCGAACGUUCCAUCAAUUGCCUAUCUUACUCUGGCGUGACCUAUUACUGAAAGAGAUGCCCUAUCUAUGGGAGGUGUGGAGCGAUGACCUCCCAUUCAUCUGGGCUACUAGCACCUGGGAAGACGUUGUUCAACACGAAAAGAGAGCGGAUAAAAUGGGAGCAUGGCUCGAUAAGACAAGAGAUAUCAUCAAAACAGAGUUACCCGAGAUUCUCGAUGCUUGGGAGGCGGACGUGCAAACAGUCCUUUCGCAGAGUACUGAUGAUUUCCUGGCCAAGGGACGCACUGAUGCGUUGGAGAAGAUGGUAAUAGGACUGCCUGCAUCGAAGACGAAUUGGUAUAAAGUUUAUGUUGAAAUCACGAGGAACUGGAAGGACUUGAAGGGUCUGCAGAACAGAAGAAGGAUUUGGAAGGAUAUUGGAGUGAUUGUGGAAAAGCUUGACAAGUAUGCAGAGCCGGCCUAG